AUGCCAACCCUCGAGCCUGCGACUGAUAUUGACUCUAAUGUCUGGUAUCAGCUCUCUGAGUUGGCUGUUGAUGAUAAUGAUGGGGAUUUCAAGUCUAUGCUUCAACCUACUGCGCCCGGGGGUGAUUUGAGAGUUUGGCCUGCUAAUAAACAGUCAUACUGGCAGUUCCAAAAGAUAGGAAACAAACCCGGCCGAUACCAACUCCGAUGCUCAGACACAACCGUCAAGAAACAGUUAUCAGUAUGCUACCGACCGGAGAUCAUCAACGAGAAACUCCGCACAAGGCCGUGCUUGAUGCCCAUCGACGACAGCGAAAUGCAGCAAUGGGAUGUGUCGCUGUGGGGUUCUGGUGACACAUACCGGUUGACGAAUGUUAGGAACGGCACGAAAUGGAACUUGGAUUGUAUUGCUAAUGGGCCGGUUAUUAUGAGCUCUGAUCUUGAGGGGGAUCAACCGCGGCAACAUUGGUUGAUGAGUAGUGUUGGGCAGGUGAAUAACGAGAUGUACUCUACGGUAUACACUGCGCCGCCCGAGUCAACGGGUGAAAGCACCGCUACAGCUGGCACAACAGGCUCCGACUCAUCAGCCGCCACCGCUACUUCAAACUCAAGUAGCGAUCCCAGCAGCACCAGCAGCGAGAGCAAUGACGGCGGUGGUGGCAGCAGUGGCCUCUCAACCGGCGCAGUCGCCGGUAUAUCCGUCGGUGUCACUCUCGGCGUCGUUGCGCUCGCUCUCGCUGCAUUCUUCUUCUGGCGCCGCAACAAGCGCAAGUAUCAAGUCGCUGGUACUGGCUCACCGGACUCUCCUGGAAAGCCUGACAAUUCCCCAAUGGCUGUGUCGCCCAACCCGGCGUAUAGCUCUGUCUACUCAGCUGAGAAGUCGCCGGCGGCUGAGAUGAUGCAUGAGCAGAGACCUGUUGAGUUGUCGACUGGUCAGGAUCAGAGGCAUGAGCUGGCAUAA